GACUUACACGAGUGAUGUAAAGUAGAUUCGCGCAUGCGUUGUUGCGCUUGGAAUCAGUUGGCAGGAAAAAUGGGCACAUGAUGAGUUUCAGUGAGGCUCGAGCCUCAGCAACGGUGUUGUUUACCCUAACAACAGUUCCAUUGUGUUGAAACUCUAUUACGCUGUCGCUGAGAAACUUAAGGUUUAGACUUAGCAUUAAAAUCAAUACAAUAGCCUAGUUAUCUACUUUCAUGUAACACCACCAUAAUAAAUCCAAAGUAUUCAGAAGCUUUAUUUCUUAGGUAAACUAUAUUGUAGUUUAACUGUCGAUAAACUGCUGUGGCAAUAGACCAUUGUUUUCCUUAUGAUGGAGCCGCCAGAGGAAAUGUUAAAUAAUGAAAAGGAACAAGCAGCGAGAUCCCUCAAAGCUUUCAUGCUUACGAACAGCACGAAGAGUAAUCUUAAUCUAUAUGAUCACUUGGCCCGGUUGCUGACCAAGGUAAUGGAGGAGCGUCCAGAGAACGUAGUAGAUGUUUUUGAGGACCUGAGUCGUGAGGUUAAGCGGGCUGGGCUGCAGGACACCCAGAGCACCUUGAGGGACAUCCACGUCACCACUCCACCCCACGUGACAGCCGAGCAGCAAAAGGUGCUGUUCUCUCACAAAGGCGGAGAAGAUGGAGCACAAGAGGAACAGAUGGAGUCUCCUCUCCCCAAUGUGGCAGAGCUGGCUUUUUACCUGGAGCAGGCUGGAGUGGGCCUGGGCAGGGAGGAGACAUACCGGGUCUUCCUGGCACUCAAGCAACUGGUGGACGCUCAGCCUCUUCAGCGCUGCAGGUUCUGGGGGAAGAUCUUGGGCACAGAGAGUAGCUACCUGGUGGCAGAGGUAGAGUUCCGAGAGGGGGAGGAGGAUGAGGAGGAUGCCCUGGAUGAAGCUAGUGAAGAUGAGGAGAGAGAAGCAGAGGACAGCAGAGUGGAUGAAGAGGAGGCCCGCACUGCUGAGAUCAUAUCCUUCCCAAAAUCUACCUACAAGCCCCCACCUGUGGUUCCAAAGGAGGACAAUGGAGCAGGUGCCAAUAAAUUCACUUAUUUUGUAUGUAGGGAGCCGGGCCUGCCGUGGGUGAGAUUGCCCCCUGUCACUCCUGCCCAAAUAACUGUCGCUCGCAAAAUCCGCAAGUUCUUCACUGGAAGAUUGGACGCCCCCAUAGUCAGCUAUCCCCCAUUCCCCGGCAAUGAAGCCAACUACCUGCGGGCCCAGAUUGCCCGCAUUUCGGCGAGCACACAAGCGAGCCCACUGGGGUUUUACCAGUUUGUGGAGGAGGAAGGUGAAGAGGAAGAGGAUUCCUCCCGUGCCAGCUUCGAGGAGAACCCAGACUUUGAGGGAAUCCCCAUUUCCGAGCUGGCAAACUCCCUGUCCAACUGGGUGCAUCAUAUCCAGUACAUUCUGCCACAGGGUCGCUGUACUUGGAUAAAUCUGGCGGAGAAGCCUGAGGAAGAAGAGGAACCAGAAGAGGAGAAGGAGGAAGAGCCAGAUGAGCCAGAGCCAGAAGUGGGGCCACCACUCCUCACGCCGCUUUCGGAGGAUGCAGAGAUCAACAGCACCCCUCCCUGGAGCUGUAAGGUGUCCUCCAGCAUCAUCUCCAAGUUCGCCAUCGCCGUGCUGCGUUCCAACCUUUGGCCGGGAGCCUAUGCAUUUGCUUGUGGGAAGACAUUUGAAAACAUAUACAUAGGUUGGGGCUCGAAGUUUCUAGCAGAGGAAUAUAAUCCACCACUGCCCCCCCCACCCCAGUCGGAAUACCCAAGCGGGCCAGACAUCACAGAAGCUGCUGACCCCAGUUUGGAGGAGGAACAGGCUUUGAAGGCUGCACUGGAAGAACAGAGGGAAUCUCAGGAGGAGAUGGAGGAUGCUGAGGGAGAUGAAGACGAAGAGGAUGAUGACUGACAAGUAUGAGCGAAAAAUGGAGCAAGAACGCUAUUGUUAAAAAAACAGCUAAUCUAAAGUAAACUUGCUUCAGUGUACAACAUAGGAGUAAUUAAGCAUUUGAUUUAUGUGCUUUUUAUAUAUAUAAAAACUCCGGUUUCCCCCCACAGUCCAAAAACAUGCUAAGUCUAAUUGGAGUUGCUAAAUUGCCCGUAGACGUGCGUGUGAGAGUGAAUGGUGUGUGAGUGUGUAUAGUUAUAUAGGUGGUAGUUAUAUAUUUUUAACCAGUACGUGGCAAGUAUGUAUAGGUAGUUCUGAGAGGAUGAAUGUCAGCCUGGCUGAUGGUGGAAAGAAAUUAGCACAUUUUUGGAAUAGGCGAGAGGAGGUCAGUCAGGAGAAGUUGGCCAGUGAUCAGCCAUAACUACUGACCCAUUAGUGCAAAGACGUCAUGGUUCAGGGUCCAAACGGCCGAGUAAUUUGGAAACCAUCUGUCGACGUGUUCUCCUGCUCCAAAGCUAGUCACAAGAAAGUGACUCAUGGUACAAUCAUCUAGAUAUAUCUAAUAAUUGAUUUCCAAGCCGAAAUGCAUUCUGAGGACCAUGCAUGUUCUUUAUGGGCUUUCAUAAAACGUCAUGCAUUUGCAAUCCCUGCCGGGGACCUGGCCCACACAUCGUUGCGUAACUGCACACGGGUUCUCAGUCUUCCCUUCCUUUCAGCUCUCGCCCUUGAUCCCUCUAAGAUUUAUGUUGAUUCAGGGAUGCUGUUCACGCCAGUCAGCACCACAGGUCAGAGAUUGUGCUGAAUAGCAGUUUUGUGUGAGCAAAGUCCAUUCCAUGCCACUCUGAAAUGCUGUUAUUUUAAAGAUGAAAAUGAAUGUGAAAUGAUAUUGUACGAUCGGACAGCAGGACUGGCUUUUCAACUGAUUUUAUCUAGUGUUUAUAAAUGAUGCUGGACAUUUUAUUCUUAAGCAUAUCUACAUUCUUAUAUAUUCUUCCUAGCUGACAUGGGAACAGGGUAAUGUGUUCUAAACCCUAUUCAGGUCAUUGUUAGUGGUGGCAUUUGUGAUCCCACAGAAAAGGUAAAACAAACCCACUGUACAUAUAAAUAAAGAAGCCAUCAAAACGUAUACCUGUCUCAAUGACUAUUAUAUUUAUUUGGACCAGAAGAGGUUGCGGUGAGUGAAGCAGUGAUUUUAAAUAAAACUGAGAGAUAAAGAAUCAGAUAUAUGCACGUUGUAGAGGUGUGUGAAGAAGUUUGAACAUCAGGGAAGAUUUCGUUCCAAACUGUUAGCUUUUAAGUUUGUUGCUUAUUUCUAUUUCUGUGUUACCCAUUUCACCUCAAACGGAAAGGAAUUAUUGCAAAUCCAUAAGAGACAGAAACUGCAUACAAAGAAAGAUAGUGACCCUAUGCCCCUUUGUACCAAGUCAAACCCAAGGAAUAUAAAUUUUGAAUGCUCCUAUUUAAAUAUGUAUGGCGUAGUGCUCUGUAUUUAUUGAUGAGAAGACUGGCUAUUUCAGGUCAACUAAGAAAACUGACACUAACGUAACUAACAUUUUAACGGGCAAAGAAGCUCAUAGAAUCUUUGCCUUCCUGAUUAUAUGCAUGCAAAAUGUCGUCUUUCUGUCAUGACAGACUUAAUUUAUAAUCUUUAACUGAAUUGUUAUAUACUAUUAAUG